AUGGAGACAGCAGGACUCGCAAUUGGAGUCGUGGGGCUCUUUGGACAGGUUUUCGCUGGAGCAAUCAAAGCAAUUAAACUUAUUCGUUCGAUCAAAGAUGCACCCAAAGAUUUCGAGCAAGUCCUGUUGGGGUUUCGACUGCAAGAAGGGAGGUUGAUGAGUUGGGGUGAAGGAGUCGGUCUGCUGCAAGCCCCGGCAGCUGGUGACGAGUGGCGUAUCUCCAUCAGCCAACAAGACCGGUGGGUAGCCCAGGACCUUCUGGACAGUGUCCGGUCUGAUAUCCAGCAACUUCUCAAGCCCCUAAUAACCAAGGCGGAAGAGGUGGACCGCCUCACCGCCGCGCAAGAACCGAACGAGAGGGCAUUGAACGCCUGGUUGAGGGAAAUGGAGCGCAAGCAGAAGGAACUUAGCAGCAAAAUAACGUGGGCCACCCUCAGAGGGGACCGUCUGACAUCCUGCCUCCGCUGCCUAACCAGCACCAUUAAUGACCUGAUCAGUCUCACCAGUGAAAAGACGCAGCGGGAAAUCCUCCGCAAAGUGAACUUAGUGUAUGCGGAGCUCGUCCUGGUCCAUAAUAGCGUGGACAAGCUGGGACAGUUGUUCCACGCCCUCGCCAGUGCAGAGAAGGGGGUCACCUUGACUCGCUUGGCGCACUUCAAGGCUGCCAUGAAGGAGCGCCAGGCCAAGCUGUCGCUUCAUCCCAAAUCACAACUGUCAAAGGGUGCCAUUGAAGUACUUGAUCUGAUCGAGCAGGACGAGCGCUGGAUGGCCCGUUAUGACGAUCGGAAAGGCUUUUGGGUGGAAUGGAAGAAUUAUCCAACCGGGAACACCAGUCAAGGACCCACGAAGGAGCAGAUUGAGAGGUUUAUCAUCCAAGAGCUGGUGGGUCUUCUGGCGGAGGAAGAUUCUCACGCGAUCCAGGUCCCUCAGUGUAUUGGAUAUGUGGAUGACCACCCGCGUUCUGAUCGGUUCUGCUUGCUGUACAAAUAUCCCAAAGGCGUCACAACGGACGCGCGGCUCCAGACGCUUUUCAGCCUAUUCAGAGAACCCCAACGUCCAGACCUAGCCGACCGAAUCGAACUGGCCCGUGCAGUGGCUCAAACGUUGUAUUAUCUUCACACCGUGGGGUGGUUGCAUAAGGCGUUUCGCUCGGACAAUAUUCUAUUCUUCCAGGAACCGAAUAAAGGCGUGGAAUACAGCACGCCCUAUGUGUCGGGAUUUGAUAAUGCUCGCCCAUCGGGCCAGGACCAGAUGAGCCAAGUGGCAGGGGCGAAGGAAGGGCUGGAGUACUAUCAGCACCCAGACACGCUGACCGGAUUCGAUGAAGAAGGUAGAAAACCAUUCCGCGCCACCUUCGAUGUGUAUUCUCUCGGCAUAAUCCUGAUCGAGAUUGCACACUGGAAACCGUUGCGAGAAAUCCUCCGGGGCAGCGCGGUACGGCCUUGGGAAGUCCAUGAUGCCCUUUUUCGAGACCCUCGUUGGCUCCAAGAUGUGGGCUUCGCCGUAGGUCGAGCGUACGAAGACGUCGUCCGGACUUGCCUUCAAGGGUGGAACAGCCUGGGCGCUGACGGUGUGGAAGAGACCAGUACGGAGGGAGCUCUUUGUCUGAUGACCAACUUUGAAAUGAUGGUCCUCGAGAAGCUCCACAAUAUUCAAGUCUCGGGCUAA